GUCCCGCCAGAUGGGAGCUCCUCAUGCACGCAACAAAAUCUUACUUUUCCUUCUCCAGUUCGAGUCCAAAGUUCAAGUUCAACCCCCACGUGCUUGCUCUGUGGAAAAUUCCAGUCCUAGAUGCUGGUUUGAUAUUUCCACACUAGAAUACAGAAGCAUUAUCUUUCUACUUGAUGCUGCUCUUUUUACUUGUCAAGACUCAGAGAAGUGGUUCUGGUUCAUCCCGUGAAGUGUGCCAUUGGAGGAAGCCAUGGCUGUGGGAGUAGUUAUGUCUGAACCUACCGCGCUGUACAAUGGUCGAAUCACGGCGUUUGUCGCCAUUUCAUGCAUGGUGGCCGCCACGGGAGGAAUCAUCUUUGGAUACGACAUCGGUAUAUCGGGUGGCGUCACCUCAAUGGAACCAUUUCUGAAGAAAUUCUUCCACGAUGUGUACGAUAAGAUGAAAGAAGACACCAAGAUCAGCAACUACUGUAAAUAUGACAGCCAACUGUUGACCUCAUUCACAUCCUCCUUAUACAUAUCCGGCCUUGUGGCUUCCUUCUUCGCCUCCUCGGUCACAAGAGCUUUUGGACGAAAGCCAUCCAUUCUUGUUGGCGGGGCUUCCUUCCUUGCGGGAUCGGCCCUUGGAGGUGCGGCUUCUAAUGUGUACAUGCUGAUAUUCGGCCGCAUUCUGCUCGGCGUCGGGGUCGGCUUUGCAAAUCAGUCGGUCCCUCUGUAUAUCUCAGAGAUGGCACCUCCAAGACACCGAGGACUGUUCAACAAUGGUUUCCAAUUCUGUGUAGGAAUUGGUGUUCUAUCAGCUAAUCUUAUCAACUAUGGUACAGAGAAAAUAGAAGGUGGUUGGGGUUGGAGAAUCUCCUUAGCCAUGGCAGCAGUUCCAGCCACAAUUCUCACACUCGGUGCGCUUUUCCUCCCCGAAACACCCAACAGCCUAAUCCAGAGAAGUGACAAUCAUGAAAAGGCCGAGACGAUGUUACGACGCAUACGGGGCGUCAAUGAUGUCCAAGCAGAAUUGAACGAUCUUGUCAAAGCAAGCUCCAUCUCAAAAACUGUCGAUCACCCGUUCCAAAAUAUAAUCCGAAGAGAAUAUAGACCUCAACUGGUCAUGUCCAUUGCCAUUCCCUUUUUCCAACAAGUAACAGGAAUCAAUGUUAUCUCAUUUUAUGCGCCGGUUUUGUUCAGAAUAAUCGGUUUAGGAGAAAGUGCUUCUCUUUUAUCAGCAGUUGUAACGGGUCUCGUGGGAACUAUCUCAACAUUCAUAUCCAUGCUUUUGGUGGAUAAGCUCGGUCGAAGAAAGUUGUUCAUGAUUGGGGGUGUUCAAAUGCUUGCCUCGCAAGCAAUGGUCGGAGGAAUCCUGGCUGCUAAGCUUGGAGAUCACGGAGGAAUUAGCAAAGCUUAUGCUUAUUCGGUACUUGUUUUGAUAUGCAUAUAUGUUUCCGGGUUCGCCUGGUCAUGGGGACCUCUUGGGUGGUUGGUCCCAAGCGAAAUAUACCCACUAGAGAUCCGAUCAGCCGGACAGAGUAUAACAGUAGCGGUUGGAUUCCUCUUUACAUUCUUAGUUGCUCAAACUUUUUUAUCUAUGCUGUGCCACUUCAAGUCGGGGAUAUUCUUCUUUUUUGGUGGGUGGGUGGUGAUCAUGACCGUUUUUGUGUAUCUACUGUUGCCGGAGACGAAGAAUGUGCCGAUCGAGCAGAUGGAUAAGGUCUGGAGGGAGCAUUGGUUUUGGAAGAACGUAGUGGGAACAAUGGAUGUUCAUAUUAACAAGACUGAAGCAUGAUGAUGCUAUUUCAGUAGUGUAUCCAUAAAGCUUAUAAUGAUUUUCACAGAGGCCCUCGUUGCUGUUUUAACCAUUUCACUACUAAUUGUUUAAGACAAUCAAAAACCGUUGCUAUCAAGCCCAUCCACUAGUUUA